AACAAGUCUUCAGGUCAGAGCCGUGGAUUCGCCUUCGUGGAGUUUAAUCACAUACAGGAGGCCUGCCGCUGGAUGGAGACCAAUCAGAGGGUUCUGUCUAUCCUAGGCCAGAGGGUGUCUAUGCACUACAGUGACCCUAAACCGCGCGCCAAUGAGGACUGGCUCUGUAACAAGUGUGGGGUUCAGAACUUCAAGAGGAGAGAGAAGUGCUUUAAAUGUGGUGUUCCCAAAUCAGAGGCAGAGCUGAAACUGCCCCAGCUGAGGGAGUUACCUCUGGGUGUGCAUCAGAAGGAUGGCUUACUGCCCCUCCCUGCCCUCUACCAGCCAGCUGCUACCAACUCUACUGCCGUCACCACUCCCAGGGCCGGGGCUGGGGGAGCUGACACCCAGCAGGCUGAGGUGGCCAACGACACUCUGAUCCUGAGGAACCUGGGUCCCCAUACCUCCCUGGAGUCCAUCCUGUCUACUCUGGCUCCCUUCGCUACUCUGUCGCCUUCUAAUGUUCGACUGAUCAAAGACAAACAGACACAACUCAACCGUGGCUUCGCUUUCCUACAGCUGUCUACUAUAGUGGAAGCAUCUCAGCUUCUCCAGAUCCUCCAGGCCUUACAGCCAGCUCUCUCUAUAGAUGGGAAGGCCAUCGCUGUGGAGUUCGCCAAGGGAUCCAAACGUGAUGUGUUUCUGACAGAUGGUAGUAGAGUGAGUGCUGCUACAGUCGCCAGUACAGCCAUCGCUGCUGCACAGUGGGCCGUUACCCAGACGGCCCAGUCCCUGUCCUCUGCCUCCCAGCACGGUGUGGAUGUAGGAUUGUACCACCAGGGGGCAGCAGUAACACUGGGAGUCUAUGGAGGCCAGGAGAACCAAAACUACACAGCGGUGCCAGAUGGCCCUGCCUACAAGGCCCAGGCAGGGGGAAUGGGUACACCCCUACCCAGCCCAGGAGCAGGCCUGAUGGGGGCGUACACAGGAACAGCACCUGCAGCGAUCUGUUCUGAGGCUGUAGUUUCUGGAGUGGAUGGCGUGCAGCUCUCUCUCGGCCAAUCACACGCCCCACUCAUCACUACCACAACCACACAGGCCAAUCAGCAUGUAGAGAUAGUGGGUAAGCCUCAACCUGCCACUCCCACCCACCCUGCCACUCCCGGCACCGCGCACCAGUACCAACAAUACCCUGUUCCGGACGUGUCCACGUACCAGUAUGAGGAGAGUUCUGGCUACUACUACGACCCUCUAACUGGACUCUACUACGACCCUAACUCACAGUACUACUAUAACGGGGUCACUCAGCAGUAUAUGUACUGGGACGGAGAGAAGCAAACAUAUGUUCCAGCUCCCGCCCAAUCAACAGCUGAGGCUGCCGUUGCCCCGGUGAUAAGUCCGCCCCCUGAUCCUCCCUCUGCUGCUCCUGGAGGCAAGGAGAAGAAGCCCAAAAACAAGACAGCUCAACAGAUAGCAAAGGACAUGGAGCGUUGGGCUAAGAGUCAGAACAGACAGAAGGAGAACGUUCGCUCUCUCUCCUCUUCCUCCUCUUCCUCCUCCUCCGUGACCCCUGUGACCUCUAUGGCUCCUCCCCCUGGUUACGCCCGGGUGCCUGGACACGGUCGCCUUGACGACCGCCGAGAGUCCGCCAGCGCAGACGCCGGUUAUGCUGUCCUGGAGAAGAAGGGGGCGUUGUCUGAAAGACCUCAGAUCAUCCUGGACCAGCUCAGACACACAGACAGAGAGCGCUCCCCCCCUCAGGUGCAGGGUUUGGUUCCGGCCUACAGCGGCGAGACGGACAGCGAGGGAGAGGAGGGAGGAGAGAAGGAUGAGAGGAUGACAGACUGGGCUAAGCUAGCCUGUCUGCUGUGUAGGAGACAGUUCCCCAGCAAGGAGGCUCUCAUACGACACCAACAGCUCUCAGAGCUACACAAGCAAAACCUGGAGCAGCGGAGGUCACAGCAAGAGGGGGGUAUAGGGGCGGGGGUGGGGGGCGGGGGCGGGGCGGGGGAGAGGAAAGACAAAGGAGGGCCGUCCACAGAGCCACCAGACCCCAAGAAGAGGAAGUACAGCCCGCUUGAUGGUACGGCUGGCAAUAGUCUAGGUGCCAGGAUGCUGCAGGGAGGGGGUGAAGAAAGGACUGCUGCUACGUAACAUGCAAGUGGACUGACCCCUGACCUUUAAACCUCUAUCCUCUAACCCCUGACAUUCGACCAUCACACAGGACUAGGCUCCCUAGGUACAGAUCAGCUUCUCCU